AGUAUCAUAAUUAUAAAAAAAAGAUAAACAAUAGUGUGACAUUGAAGUGGAAACCAAGAUGGUGUCACACACAAUUGAACUUUUGAAGAACGAGAUUCCUCUGGAACAGGAAUCAGUGGUUUUAGCUGAAGACACUGUAAAUGGCCUUGUCCUUGUUGAUAUCAUAAAUGGCUUCUGCACAGUUGGGGCUGGAAAUCUGGCACCGAGAGAGUCCAAUAAACAAAUUUCAGAAAUGAUCAGUGAAUCAGCAAGGCUAGCGAGACUGUUCUGUGAGAAGAAAUUGCCAGUUAUGGCUUUUCUUGAUUCUCACCAGCCUAACAAGCCAGAGGAGCCUUAUCCUCCUCACUGUAUUGCUGGGACUGAUGAAUCAAAUUUAGUUCCAGCCUUGAGAUGGCUAGAGAAUGAAACCAAUGUAACAAUCAGACGUAAGGAUUGUUUUGAUGGAUUUGUUGGCUCAAUGGAAGAAGAUGGCUCAAAUGUUUUUGUAGAUUGGGUGAAGAAGAAUAAGAUCAAAACAGUGGUGGUUGUAGGUGUAUGCACAGAUAUAUGUGUUCUGGAUUUUGUAUGCUCUACAAUGUCUGCUAAAAACCGUGGUUUUCUGAAGCCUCUGGAGAAUGUGGUGGUGUAUUCAAAUGCAUGUGCUACCUUCAAUGUCCCUCUUGAAGUAGCCACAAAUAUCAAAGGAGCUUUAGCCCAUCCUCAGGAGUUUAUGCAUCACGUAGGUCUGUAUAUGGCCAAAGAACGUGGAGCCAAGAUAGCAAAAGAAGUGCUGUUUGGUAAAGUAGAGAAAGUGUAAGCCUGCUGUAUGACCCUUAUCAAUAAAACUCAGAUAUAUUUUAAGGUUUGGUUGGUCUAAAAAGUAGCAAAUGGUCCUACGUGGCAAAUCAUGAUAUGUAAAAAUAAAAUAUAUGCAGCACCCUAGUCCCUCCCUCUUUUGGAAGGUUUGUACUUAAGAUUGUAUGUACUUCUUGUGAAAGUCUAAACUUAAUGGCAAAUAACAACCGGUAAUGCAUAUAUAUUUUACUUGCAUUUCAAAAUUCAGCCAAACAAAACUUCUUUUAUUAUACUUGCUUUUCCUUUCUGAAU